CCAUGGCUGUUCACCGAGGGCGCGGUACCAUGCCCAGGUGCUCCCUGCCCAAGAGCACAGCUCAGCAAGGCCUUCCAGGUGCAGUGCAGCUCGCUCACUGCUCUGCUCUGCAAUGCAACUCGGGGUCUUGCCUGUCAGGGCACGUCUCCACCUGAGUGCGGGAUUACUGUAGGAGUCACUGUCAAAUGGCUUCAACGACUGGUGGCGUCCGAACCCGCUUUAGCAAUGCUUUAGCAUGUCUGUCUGAUCUCAGUUGAUUUUAGUUGCUUUUGGCUGAUUUUGCUCGGAUUCGCGGCCUAGUCUGACUGGAGCAGACCUAGCUUUCCCGACCACGCGCUUGUUUGGGUUUUAUUCUUGAGUACGACGUCAUUUUAGCCUCCCUCGUUCCAGUUUUGUCGGCAGCUUCCGUCUCAGUUCUGUCGUUGUUAGUUUCUGACGGUUUCCGUCAUGUCGACGUCAUCCGCGUCGCGGGUGUUCUCGGCGGACGACGACGACGCGCGGUCGAAUUCGUCCGGCGAAAUGGAUGAAUCGCCGAGCGACGACGAGGUCACGCAGCGUCGUCUGCACAGUCGCCCGCAGCUCGCGACGACGGCGGAGGAUCUUACCGCGAGUCUUCCCGACGACUGCCUCGUCCACGUGUUUCGGAAGCUCGGAACGUCGGAUCUCGCUAGAUGCUCGCUAGUGUGCAACCGGUGGUUCAUGCUAGACGCCGAAACACGGCCCAGCAUGUCCCUGCGGGCGACGCUAGAAGCAGCGCCGGACCUAGCAGCCAUAUUCAAGCGGUUCACAGGCGUGCAGAAGCUCGUGCUCAAGUGCGAGCGCAACGUGCAGAGCAUAGAUGAUGCGUCCCUGGACACGAUUGCCCAGCAGUGCGUAUACUUAAGGAAGCUCAAGCUCAAGAACUGCCGGCAGAUCACGGACGAUGGCAUGGAGAGGUUCGCCCGGGCCUGCCCUGAGCUUCGCAAGUUCUCGUGCGGCAGCUGUGGAUUCGGGUUGAGGGGGCUCAGUGCCCUGCUCAACGGCUGCUGCCACCUGGAGGACUUAACCGUGAAAAGAAGCCUCCGCCCCUUCCUCCCCAAGGACCGCAUCACCCCCAUUCCGCCUGUCUCUGACUCGCUCUCUCCUCCCGCGCACCUCUCUCUCAAGCGCCUUUGCCUCAAAGACCAGAGCCAGUCCCACAUCUGGGUGCCGCUGCUGCAGGCGGCAUCGAGGCUGGAAACCCUAAUCCUGGCGCGCAAUGCAGGGCACUGGGACCAGGUGCUGGGAGGGUCGCUGGGGGAGAAGCUCACCCCGGAGCUCUCUCAGAUAUACGUGGAGAGAGUGCAGAUAACAGACAAAGGCCUACAGGCGAUCGGCAAGUGCCCCAAGCUUGAAGCUCUCGUGGUGGUGCGCACAAACGAGUGCACAGACGCAGGAAUGGCAGCUGUAGCGUCGGGUUGUAGUGGGCUGAGGCGGCUGCAUGUGGAGGGGUGGGCGCCGGGGCACUUAGGCGACCCUGGGCUCUCAUCCAUUGCCAGGCACUGUCGGCAGCUACAGGAGUUAGUGCUCGUGUCCCAUGCCUGCACCGUCUCCUCUCUCCAACUCCUCGCCUCCAACUGCCCCUCUCUAGAGCGCCUCACCCUCUGCUCGGGGCACAACAUGGGGGACCCCGAACUCGCCACCCUAGCCUACUCCUGCACCAACCUCCGCCGCCUCUGCGUGAAAGCUUGUAACAAAGUUACCGACCUUGGGAUCUACGCGCUCGCCAACGGGUGCCCGAGCCUGCAGCGGCUGAAGGUCCGGCGGUGCCCUGGGGUUUCGGCUCAUUCUCUGGGUGUGCUCCAGGAGCAGCGGCCGGCGCUGGUUAUCACGCAGGAAAGGAGUAGGAGUGGGUCGGCAAGGGGAGGAGGGGAGAGGGGUGGUGGCGAAGGGAGGGAGGGUGGUGGAGGGGGGAGAGGGGGUGGGGGAAGGGGAGAGGGAGGGGCUGCGGGCGGUGGUGCUGAUGGUGGUGGUGAUGGUGGUGGUGAUGGUGGUGGGGGUUUGGGUGGUUUGCUGGGUGAGGGGUUUCGGCUUAGGAACUUUGGAGAGAGAAUUGGGUUGUUGGGGAUGGGUGGGGCAGGAUGGGGGGAAGGAGCAGCAGCAGGAGGAGCAGGAGGAGGGGGAGCAGGAGGGGUGGGAGGAGAAGGAGGGGGUGUAGAUCACCAGGAGAACCACCACCACAACCAUCACCAGCACCAGCACCAGCACCACAACCACCAGCAUCAGACUCACAACCGUGUGCAAGGAAGAGGGGCAGUAGGAGGAGCAGAUGCUGUGGCCGCUGGUGCCCCUGGUGCCCUUGGGAAUGGGGAGGGCAAUGGCGGUCGUGGUGGUAGGGAUGGGUCUCCCUUGCGCUUUGGCCUGCUUGGAUUGACAGGCGGGGAUGGUAGACAUGGUGUUGUUGCUGUUGGUGCCGCUGGUGCUGCUGGUUCUGCUGGUGCUGCUGGUGCUGCUGCUGGUGGUGCUGACGGGAGUGCAGCAGCAGCAGCAUCUGGGGCGAGGGCAGCAGCGUCGCCGAGAGGGGCGCAGCGAUUUGCGUCAUUCGUCACAGGCACGUUUAGGAGGCUCAUGGGGCAACCCUCCUCUUCUGCACCUGCCGGAGGCCCGGGAAGCCCAGGUACGGGAAUGGCAGGAACGGGACCCCCAGGUGGAGGAGUUACAGGCUCGGGAGCUGCAGGUCUGGGAAUGGGCGCAGGUCCGGGUAUGGAGAACACAGCUGCUUCGGUUGCACAGGGAUCACGAUUGGAAGUGGCUGAGCUGGCACGUCCGGGAAGUCCAGGUGUCGUGGGUAACAAUUAUAAUAACCCCUAUAAUGCCAAUGUUCGUACUGCUGGUGCUGGUGGUUCUGCUAGGGGUGGUGGUGGCAUUGGUGGUGGUGUGGGUGGUGGUGGGGUUGCUGGCAACGCGGGCUCCAGCAGGGGUAGUGGUUGGACAUACGUCAUUCCUUCAAGCAGCACUGCUCCUUCGGGUGCUGCUGCUGCUGGUGGCGGUAGUGCUACUGCUAGUCCUGCAAGGGGGGGCUCUGGCGGCAGCAGCAGCUACAGCAGAUCACCUCUGAGAGGCACGGCAGCAACUGUAGGGCAGUUGGGGCGGGGUGCGAUGGCAGCAGCAGGGCCAGGGGGGGCAAGGGCUGCUUCUGCUGCUCGCCCUCUCACCCCCCCUCUGCACCUCCCCCUACGCUCUCUCUCCCCCAUGCCUGCACGUGCUGCUGAAGCGCCUUCCCGACUCACUGGAAGCCACAGUAGCAGCAGGGGUGGUGGUGGUGGUGGUGGUGGUAGUGGUAGGGAUGGGAGCAGCAGAGGGGGGGUUGGUGGAGGGGAAGGGGAGGGGGAAGUGGGAAGGGCAGGAGCAACAGGAGGAGGCAGUGGAUCAGCACGUCUGGGAGCAGGUUCGGCAGUAGGUUCGGCAGCAGGCUUGGGCUUUGCAGCUGAAGGAAGCAGAGGGACUGGGUGGGAGCAGGAAACGGGAGGUGAGAGAAACGUGGAGGGUGGGGGGGCUUCGGAGGGGUUGAGAGAGAUAGAGGCAGGUGGGGGGCCAUCAGGGUCAGGAGGAGUAGGUGGGCAGGGAGUGGGGUUUCAGGUUGGUGGGAUACAGCAGGGAAGCCGAGGAAGGGUCCAAGAAGGUCAACUGGGGGAAGGGGAGCGAGAGGGUACAACGCUUGUUGCUGGUGGUGCUGGUGGUGCUGGUGGUGGUGAAGGGGGAGGAGAGCAGGGUUAUGGGGAACGUGGUGGUGGGGAGGCUGACGACCAGGUGCAAGCAGUGGGGGAGGGGACGGAUGUGCUUGUGGGACCAAUGCACAGAUUGAUGGAGCAAUAGGAGGAACAGGGUGUGGCGUGGCAUGGAGAGAAAUAGGGUGCCGUAUUGCAUGGAUAAUAGGGUGUGACAUUGGAAGGAGGAUUAUGUGUAAGAAGGUGCAUGUGGAGGGAAAUACUGUUGUGCGCUCGCGCGCUGUCCGAGCCAUCGGCACGGGCAAAUUGUAGCAUGAUCCAGGUGAUUUUUUUAGCUUACUGAGUGUAGUUAGUAGGUGGAUUGCUGCCGUCUCUUUGGGCCGGGCUGCGCAUUCAAGUUAGUAGGUGGCCCCCUUUUUAACCCCGUAAACUGCAUUGUUGCAUUUGUGGUGGUGCUAAUUAUGGGCUAUGUAUGCUACUGUUGGUAUUUAAUGCCGAGUUUGUUGGAAGGU